UCCUUCUAUUUCUUCAAGAUCUAUGCAAGGUACACCCAUAAUUUUCGACCCUUUUUCUUUUUCUUGAUGAUUUCGCUCUAAAGAUUGCACCUUUCGCUUUCUUCUUAAGCAUGCGUGGAAAAUUUUCUUUCUUUUUUUAUCUGUUCAAGUAGUUUUGUUUCUUUCUUUCUUUUUAUUCUUUUUUUUUUUUUUUUGCUUUUUUUUUUUUUUUUGGGUUUAAAUUUCAAUUGAAAAGGUGGGUUUUUGAUGGUUUUGGAAAAUUCCCAGAUAUGGUUUUGAUGGAUGAACAAGAGGAGAAGGGCGUACCUGCGGGAAAUGCAAAAGAAUCAACAGUGACCGGUAGUGAACGUGUAGUUGGUGGGAGUGAAACUGUAGUUGAGUCUAUGGAUUGUGAUGUUCAGGGUCAGGUUGAGGGAUCUUUCACUGAGGGUGUGGAGGGAGAGGAAGGGGAUUCUUGUAAUGGGGAUGAUAUAAUGGUGGAAGUUUUGGGUUCCCAUGUCUAUGUUGAUGGUAUUUGUACUACUGAUGGUGGAGGUGGGUUUGGGGGUGAUUCCAAUGAUAAAGCGGUUCCUGGCAGUAGAGGGUCAUUAAAUCUCGAGAGUCAGGCUACAUGUGAGGGAGCAUCAGUGAUGAAUUAUGAGAAUUUGAAGGGAGAAGCGGCAGGAGGAGGACAGAGAGCUAAGGAGGUGAUUGAGGGUGAUGCAAUUAAAGAAACCGCGAUGCAGGAAGAAGGGAUUUUGAAUAAUAAGGCCCAGAAUGAGGUCAAUGAAGGUGGGGAUGAAGAUUCUCUAGCUUCUGGAGGAUCUGUGGGUGGAGAAAGCCAAAACUUUAAUGAGGAGAAGCCCGGGAAAGAUGCAGAACGGGAUGGGGAGAAUGAUGAUGGCGGGGGAGAUGCAAAUAAGGUGGGAAUUACUUCAACUUUGAAUAAUGAUCAAACCACUGCUACGGUAAUGGAGAAAGAUGCUGCUGUUGAUGGAAACCUCAAAUCCUUGGAUGCUAAGCCACGAGUUGCUGCUGAAGGGAAAACGACUGAAGAGGUUAUUCUUUUUGAAGUUAAAGAUUCAAUACCCUUGUCUGAACAAAUUAAAUCAGUUGGAGAUCUGCUUAACAAUAAGGUAAAUCCAAACCCAAAAGUAGAAAUGCGCAAUCAAGGCACUGAUGCUGAGCAGCAGCAGGUGAAGGCUGAUGCGCAGAGUAAGAGUGCUGAAAAACGUGGAAAUAUAUCUUUGGAUAUUCAUGAAGUUGCAACAGGGAAUGAUCAGGAUUUGAAGGAUAAUCAACCAGAGGAGUGCUUAGAUCAGAGCAUGACUUCUGCUUCUACUCAGGUUGAUUCAGGUACCAUGGAAGCAAUGAAGGUUGAAAAGCCUUUUACUGAUGCUCAGAACCCUAGUUUACAGUUAGAGCAAGAUGUCAAAGUUCAAGAACAGUUGGUUGAGGCAGCAGGUGGUGGCAAUGAAAAUCUCAGUAAUGGAGGUGAAGUAGUGGGACGAGAUACGAGUGCUGACGACCAUGAUACUGGCAGUGAACAGGCUAGUUUACAGCAAGGGAAAGAGAUGGAAGUUGAAGAAUACAAUUCUGAUUCUGAGCAGGCAAGUAACAGCGAGGGAAAGAAUGGCAAAUGGACAGCUACAGGACCUGGGAUCUCAGGAACAGUGCAACAAGCAAAGUAUCAUCUGCCCCUGGAGGAUGAAGGUGAGUUUUCUGUUUCAGAUUUGGUGUGGGGUAAAGUGAGGAGCCAUCCAUGGUGGCCAGGGCAGAUAUUUGAUCCUUCAGAUGCAUCCGGGAAGGCAAUGAAGUAUCAUAAGAAGGAAAGCUUUUUGGUGGCAUAUUUUGGUGAUCGAACGUUUGCUUGGAAUGAAGCUUCUCUUUUGAAGCCCUUCCGAACACAUUUCUCCCAGAUAGAGAAGCAAAGCAAUUUGGAAGCAUUCCAGAAUGCUGUUGAUUGUGCUUUGGAAGAAGUCUCCAGACGAGUAGAGUGGGGACUGGCUUGCUCUUGCAUACCAAAGGAUGUCUACGAGAAGAUCACAUUCCAAAUAGUGGAGAAUGCUGGGGUUCGGGAUGUUGUAAAAGAUGGCAGUGACAGAUCCUUGAGCGCUAUUUCUUUUGAGCCCAAAAAGUUUGUCGACUAUAUAAAGGCAUUGGCAGAGUCUUCAUCUGUUGGUGGUGAUCGACUUGAUCUUGUGAUAGCUAAAGCUCAGUUGUUGGCCUUCUAUCGGGUACAGGGUUAUCAUCAGCUGCCUGAAUUUCUGUUGUGUGGAGGGUUGGAAACUGGUUCAGUUCCAGAAGAGAAAAUGCAAUUUGGUGAGGCAAUUGAGCAUGCAACUCCCAUGGAUGAGGAUGAUCAAAAAGAUUCCUCUGGGCAGGAGAUUUCACAACCACAGAGAACCUCAUACCUUAAGCGCAAACAUAAUUUGAAGGAUGGAAUGUAUCCUAGUAAGAAGGAAAGAAGCUUAUCUGAAUUAAUGGGGGAUGCAUUUGAUUCUCUGGAUGGUGAAAAUGGCGUAGACGGGAAAGCUAAUAGUAAGAUGGCUUCUGCAUCUUCUGGCAAGAGACGAAAAGCUGUUGAUUCCCCUAUUAAUUCUCCCAAGCCAUCCUUUAAAAUUGGUGAGUGUAUCCGCAGAGUUGCCAGCCAAAUGACUGGAUCGGCAUCUAUCCUCAAGGGUAGUAGUGAAAGGAUAGAGAAAGUUGACGGAAGUGGUGAUAGUCCUGGUGGGGAUGGAAUUGAUGCUCAGUUUGACAGUUAUGGAGAUGCCGUUACAAAGAGGAUGAUUGAUCCAUCAGAGUACUCAUCACUAGAUGAAUUGCUUUCACAACUUCAGAUUGCGGCAUGUGAUCCAUUGGCAGAUAACACUUUUUCAAAUAUUAUCAUCAGUUUCUUCUCUGAUUUCAGAAAUUCAGCUGUCCUGGACCACUUACCAGGAGACACUGUAGGUGGUAAAAGGAAGUUCUCCAGUGCUGUCAUUGGAUCUGAAACCUUUGAGUUUGAGGAUAUGAAUGACACUUAUUGGACUGACAGGAUUGUCCAAAAUGGUUCUGAAGAGCAGCCAUCACAUAAAGGACAUUAUCAAAUUGUGCCUGUUGAAUUAGAGAAACCACUUCAAAAGAGCCGCAAGUCUAGGAAGCGAUAUUCUGACGGUAAUCAUGAUCUGGGAGCAGAAAAACCGCCUGGUUAUAUCAGUGAGAAUGCCCCAGCGGAAAUUGUUAUGAGCUUCUCUAAUGUAAAUUCCAUUCCUUCAGAAUCAAAGCUGAAUAAGAUGUUCCGGCACUUUGGGCCUUUAAAGGAAUCUGAGACAGAAAUUGAUCGUGAAACCAGUCAUGCUAGAGUGGUUUUCAAGAAAUGUUCUGAUGCGGAAGUUGCCUUUAAUAGUGCUGGAAAGUUUAGCAUUUUUGGAAAUGUGGCUGUAAAUUACCAACUCAACUAUUCUAUAUCUGAAUCUUUCAAAGCUUCAUUGUAUGCACCAACCCUUGCUGAGGAGACUCAGCUAAUUUCCACAACACUGGGUGAGCACAAUUCAUUUAUUGCAUCAACCCUGGGUGAGAGCAGUCAUCUCGUUGAUCCAACCCUCGGUGAGGAAGCAUCAUUCAUGGUUUCACAUCUUGGUGAAGAGACUCUGUCAAUGCCCGCACCCUUAACUGAGGAAACUUUGCAUUUGGCUACGAGCUUAGGUGAAGGAACUUUACCCACUGUCCCAACCUUUGGUGAGGAAGCCAUAAUUUCUGCUCCGAAUUUUGGAGGGGAAAAUUUUCCAAUUGUGACUUCUGUAUAUGAGGAAACUUUGCCUGCUGUUCAGACCUUAGGCAUGGAAACUUUGACUGUUAAUACAACUAGACUUGUAUAUGAGGAAACUUAUACUGUUGUCACAACUAUUGGCGAGGAAACUGCAACAAUUGCUACUACUGUCGGUGACCACAAUUUGACUGCUCCUGCAAAUGCCAGUGAGGGAGAUUUUAAUGUCACCACAACUGUGGGCGAGGAAAUUUCUGUUGAUGAGGGAACUACUAUUGUUGCAACAACCUCAGACAAGGAAACCCAAACCGCUUCUACACCCUUGGAUGGGGAAAGUUUGACAGUUGCUACAGAAGGUGAUGGAACUUCAACAUUUGCUACAGUAGCUGAUGAAACUUCAACUGUUUCCGCAGCCUUGGGUGAGGAAUCUUCAAGUUUUGCCACCACCUUAGGUAAAGAGGUUUCUGCUGUGGCCACCACCUUGGGUGAAGAGACUUCAACUGUUGUUCCAGCUUUAGGCAAGGAAUCCUCUAGUGUUGCCACCUCAUCGGAUGAGAAAACUUCAACUGCUGUCACCAACGUGUGUGAGGAAACUUCAACUGUUGCUACCACAUCAGAGGAGAAAAUAGCAAGUGUUGCCUCCACUGUGCAGGAAGAAACUUCAAGCCUUGGCACCACCUUGGAUGAGAAAACUUCAACUGUUGUCACCACUCUGAGUGGGGAUACUUCUAAUAUUGUCGCCACGUUGGUUGAACCUGCUGCAACUGUUAGUACCAACUUAGGUGAGGACACUGUGACUGUCACCACCACCUUAAGUAAGGAGGUUGUGACUGUUGCCACCACUGUUGGCCAGGAAGCUGCUGCUGUUGCCGCCACCCUCUCUAAGGAGAUUGAGACUGCUUCCACAACCUUAGGUGUAGAGACUUCAACAGUUGCCAUGACCUCUGCUGAUGAAACUUUGACUGGAGCUGCCAGCUUGGGCAUGGAAACUGCAACUGUGCCCACCACCUUGUGUGAGGGAACUCUGCCUGCCACCGGAGCCUUGGGUGAAGAGACUUCAACUGUUGUGAUGGCAGUGGAUGAGCAGAAACUGGCUCCAUCCAACACUCCAGGCACUGAAAAUUCACAUACUGAUGUGACACAAGCUGAGGAAGCUGCAACUUAGUUUCUCUGGGUCUGUUGUUGAGGUCACUUAAAGAUUUCAGGCGAGAGUGUAAAGACGAAAGAGUGAAGAAUGAGACGGUUCAGUGCUUUCAGGUGAAGAAUUAGAAAGCAGAGAGUAAAGGAUGAGAUGGUUCAGUGCUCGCAGGUGUUGAUUAAAUAGCUAAACUUCUACUAGAGAGGUAACCAGACCGCAUCUGGGUUAUCCAUUAUCGCUUUGCCAAGAAAGUUGAGUUGGUUCUUCCAGGCUCUCUAAUCAAUUAGCUCCCUUUACGUCCUGUUCAUGAUUCAGUUCGUGUGAUAUAUAGCACUUUAGCAACCUUUUAGCAAUUCCUAUCCCCAUAAGGACUGCUAGAUGCUAGAUUACAGAAUCAUCCUGCUCAAUUCUAUCUCUCUAUUGCCUAUGUGCCCCAUCUUUGUGUAUGUCAUGUACUCCAAUAGCAGUAGGAUAAUGCUUUGGUUGCUGUUCCAAAAGCAUGUGGCUUUUAUUAACUUUCUGAAUUGGUAAAAAAGCAUGAGGGCUUUUGCCUUUAUAUCAUGUCUUCGCCUGCUAAUGUCCUCUGUCGACUGCUAUUUAACUGUUUAAGAUAGAUGUUAGAUGCUUAUAUAAAGAAGGAAGCUUAAUUAAUUAUUUGGAUGUCACUUAAAAUUUGGAAAAUCAGUCACGAGAAGAUUCAGACUAUAUCCACAUCAUGUUUUAAUGCUAAUGCUAAAUCUUUAGUUUCACUGUUUUCUUUCUUUCUAGUAAUGUUCUUUGAAUAAGGGGAUUUCAAAUGU